CUUUUUAUCAAUUUAUAGAAAUAAAUCCACUGAUUUACUGGAUUUAAAUCAUGCGUCUAGUGAAAACAAAAAAAUGGAUAAUUCACUUAAUAACUAAUUAACAAUUAUAAAUUAUAAUGUCAACCAUGGAAGAAAACGAAGUAUUGGACUUUAAUUAUACUUUGAAGUAUACACUUUUAUUGAAUAAAUUGAACGCAGAUAAUAAAUUGUUAGCGGCUUUGAAAAUUUCUGCAGCAUCAAAACAAGAAAUCAGUCAAAUAGAUCAAGAAAAGCAAUGUCCAUAUUGCUUAAUAUCAUGGACAGAAGGUCAAUUUACUAUCAAAACUAUUCCUUGUAGUCUUAAUGUGAAGAAAAAAAAUAAAAAACCACCAAAAGUGGUAUCACUUCAGCGAUUGUUUAAAAUGGUAGCCAAAUGUACGGUUUGUCAUAAUACAACAAAUUUAGUUUUCAAUAAAAAUAAGUUACCUAAAGAAAACCGGAGAUUUAAAAAUAACAAAAAAGAAGAAGUAAAUCUUAACCCAACUAAAAACUCUAUUGACACUAUUAAAAAGACCAAAAAAAAAAAGAAGAAAAAACCGUAUGCUGGUUUAAAUCCAUUAGUAUUUAAAAAUCCAAAUUAUUGUAAGAAAAAGUAAAUUAUCUUAUGAGCAAUAAAGAAACAAUCUUUAAAG